AUGGUUAUAUUCUUGGAAUCUAUUUACUUAUGUCGGACAUGCUGUUCCUACUGGGGUCGCCUUGAUCUAUCUAUCUAUCUAUCUAUCUAUCUAUCUAUCUAUCUAUCUAUCAUGAAAACUAUAUCUAUCUAUCUAUCUAUCUAUCUAUCUAUCUAUCUAUGUCAUUUCGUUCAUUCUGUCACUUUCACUGUCUAUCUCAUUAUCACCUUCUCUGUCAUUUUGUUCAUUCUCUCUCUCUCUGUUUCAUUCCUCUCUCUCUCUCUCUCUCUCUAUCAAUCUAUCUAUCUCAGUCUGUUCAUAUUUAUCUAUCGUAGUCUGUUCAUUAUCUAUCUAUCUAUCUAUCUAUCUAUCUAUCUAUCUAUGUUAUUUCGUUCAUUCUGUCUCUCUCACUAUCUAGAUUUCCAUCGCUCUCUCGAUGUCAUUUUGUUCAUUCUCCACCUCCUACUUUCUCUCCCCUCUCUAUCCCAUUUUGCUUUUCUAUCUGCUAUCUCAUUCUGUUCAUUAUCUAUCUAUCUAUCUAUCUAUCUAUCUAUCUAUCUAUCUAUCUAUCUAUCUAUCUAUCUCAUUCUGUUCAUUUUCCCUCUUUCCUUCUUUUCUCUUUCUCCCCACCUCUCUCUCUAUCUAUCUUAUUCUGCUCUUUUAUCUGUCCGUCUUAGUCUGUUAAUUCUCUCUUUCUUUCUCUAUUUGUUUGUCCGUCUAUCUAUCUAUCUAUCUAUCUAUCUAUCUAUCUAUCUAUCUAUCUAUCUAUCUAUCUAUCUAUCUAUCUCAGUUUUUAUUUAUCUAUCUUAUCGAAAAAUAUUAUCUUUUAUUUUCACGUCAUUAUUUUUGGGGGGGGUUUAG